AUGAUUUCUGCCAAGAAAACUCCGGAGAAGAGUCGUUAUCCUAUCCACUAUUUGGUGUGGCACAACAAACACCGACAGCUGGAGAAAGAGCUGGCAGCGAACGAGCAGACCGAUUUAGAGUCUCUGGACCCUCGCGGCCGGACUCCUCUCCACCUGGCUGUCACACUGGGACACCUGGACUGUGCCAGGGUCCUGCUGCAGCAUGGAGCUGACGUUAGCAAGGAGAACCGCAAUGGAUGGACCGUGCUCCAGGAGGCGGUCAGCACCAGAGAUCCGGAGCUGGUGCGCCUCGUCCUUCGUUACCGUGACUACCAGCGGACUGCCAAGAGACUGGCGGGCAUCCCCAUCCUCCUGGAGAAACUGCGCCAGGCCCAGGACUUCUAUGUGGAGAUGAAAUGGGAGUUUACUAGCUGGGUGCCCCUGGUGUCUCGCAUCUGCCCCAGCGACACAUACAGGGUCUGGAAGAGCGGGCAGUGUCUCCGUGUCGACACCACACUGAUGGGGUUUGAGCAGAUGACCUGGCAGAGAGGAAACCGCAGCUUCAUUUUCAGGGGACAAGACUCCAGUGCCGAGGUUAUGGAGGUGGACCAUGACAGACAGCUGGUGUUCUGUGAGACCCUGUGUGUCUCCUCUCUCACGGCGCCCUCCCCUGGCCGGGGGAACAGCUGCAGCGGCUGCAGCGGUGGCGGUGGCGGCGGUGGCUCCAGCUGCGCGUCUGGCCUGGGCAUGCUGGGGGUGCUGCAGCCCAGCGAGGAGCAGGUGGCGGCCAGGCUGUCUGCUCCUGUGGUGACCACGCAGCUGGACACCCGCAACAUUGCCUUUGAGAGGAAUAAGACGGGUAUACUGGGCUGGAGGAGCGAGAAGACCGAGAUGGUGAAUGGAUACGAAGCCAAGGUGUAUGGAGCAUCCAAUGUUGAGCUUAUCACCAGGACCAGAACCGACCAUCUAUCAGACCAGAACAAGACCAAGGCCAAAGGUGGGAAGACACCCCUGCAGAACUUCCUAGGGAUUGCUGAGCAACACAUGGGACCCAACAAUGGGGCCCUGGUGACCCAGAUGUCGAGUCCUGCAGUGACCAACCCCGCAGCGCUGACCGCCGAGGAGUACUUCAACCCCGGCUUGUCGCCAGCUCAGAGGGACAUCGGCCACCCCUGCCAGCUCACCACCAAGACCCAGAGGUUCAAAGCAAAGCUGUGGCUGUGUGAAUCCCAUCCUCUGUCCCUGGCAGAACAAGUGGCACCUAUCAUUGACCUCAUGGCGAUCUCUAACGCCUUGUUCGCCAAGCUGCGUGACUUCAUCACCCUGCGCCUGCCGCCGGGCUUCCCCGUCAAGAUUGAGAUCCCAAUCUACCACAUCCUGAAUGCCAGGAUCACCUUCAGCAACCUGAACGGCUGCGAGGAGGGGACGGGGUCUCGGAGCGACACCGAGGUAGGGGAGGGGGACGGGCAGAGGGGCACGGCUCGGACAGACACCCCGUCACCAGGCAGCGACUCCUCCAGCGUCUCCAGCUCCAGCUCCACAAUGUCGUGUCGAGCUGGAGAAAUCCCCCCGUGUGUGUUCGAGCCCCCUCCGGGAUACAGCAUGCUGGGAGGCAAGCAGAGAGACAGCAUGAGGGAGGAGGAGGAGGAUCUGCUGCAGUUCGCCAUACAGCAGAGUCUGCUGGAGGCCGGCUCCGAAUAUGAUCAGGUGACCAUCUGGGAGGCGCUGACCAAUAGCAAGCCAGGAACGCACCCUCUGUCCUGUGACCCCAGUCGUGUGGAGAGGACCCCCCAGCACAAGCCCCGCCCCCCCUCCAGCCUCAGCUCCACCCCCACCAAGAAGCAGCCGCCCACCUGCAGCUACGACGAGCAGCUACGCAUCGCCAUGGAGAUCUCGGCCCGGGAGCAGGAGGAGGCGGAGUUUCGCAGGCGGCAGGAGGAGGAGGAGCUCCAGCGGAUCAUCCAGCUGUCACUGAUGGAGAAGUGA